UGUAUGUUAGCUAACGGCUCUCGGUGUUCGCUGUCAGUCGGAGACGGAGAGCCGGAGGAGCGGGGCGAUGCUAGGCUUCUCACCGCGGGACUGAAGGGACGGACCGGGUGUAAAAUCAGAGACCGGACCCCUCUGGAAUGAGGUCUUUUGUUUCCAGACACGAGCAAUAACGAGAACCAUGGUCACCAAGAAAAUCCGGACGGAGUACAUGAAGAAGUUCAGGGAUCCCAAAUGGGAGACGUUUUCCAAAUGUUACGAGGACUCUCUGAAGUACCGUCUGACCCGGAGGGUGAUGGAGCAUUCCCACAACCCCUGGUUCUGGGAGGGCUGGGACUGCGGCUCUGACUCCAGCGGCUGGUCCACGCCGAGGCUGACCAGGAACAAAGUGGCCCCCCUGUCCCUCCCACUGCCGACGUCCUCGGAGGGGAAGCAGAGGCCGUCCAGUCCGGGACUGAAACCUCCUCCUGGGGACGGAGAGACUGAGGUGGGAGCUGGAGAGGCACCGGUCGCAGACGCUGCACCGACCGCAGAAAACGGUGUGAAUGAAGCCAGCGGUGCUUCGAUGGCGGCGGCCCCAAACAGCAGCGGGCCCUCAGACGACACGGCGGCGGACGAUGGUCCUGCUGACACGCCGUCUUCUGACGGAGAGCCUGUAAACCCGGCGCCGAGACGACGUCGCCGCCGCCGCACCCCUCGGCCUGAGCCGGGACACCGGGACAGUUCCCAUGACGACGAACCGGCUGUCGUCCGCAAACAGCAGAGAGCGAAGAGCCAACCACCGAUCAGCACCAAGGAGCAGGAGAACCGGAGGCCGUCCGGCCGACUGGACUGGGCCGAGACACAGACGGAGGUCAGGAGGACGCCGAAUGACAACAACACGUCCGACGCCUGCGUUCAGACCCGACGACAGUCCGACAAAUGGAGCUCCAACCUGGACCGUCGGCGGGCUCGGUCAGCAGACCUGGAGAAGAUGAGGCGGUCGCAGCUGACGGUGGUGAACGACCGCUGGAUGACGGAGUACAUGCGCUGCUUCUCCGCCCGGCUGAGGUAGAGACAGGAGCCAAACCCCGAUCCCUGAAAACCAGGUUUACUCACUGGACGGUGGAGCAGGGGUCGUUAGUUCGUUCAGCUGAAACAACAAGACGAACUGAGGAUCGCGUUGUCUCGUUACAGUCCAUCAGACCAAAACGGCGCUCGCUGUCUUGUCUUGUCUUGUCUAAAGUCAGGAAGUAGGCAGAGCUCUCAAAAUAAAUUUCAAUAAAACUACAGAAACAGAGGAAAGUUUUGGAAGACUUUACGAUAAAACAGGGUUAUGUCAUGGUCAUCAGAUAUAGAUUCAUCCCCCUUGACAAAUCGCAUUUUAUUAGUUUCUUAGUUUGGUGAAUGGCUCUAAAUACUACAGUACCCAUAAGCCCCAGUGGCUCUUCCUAUGUUAAAGGGACUGGCUUACUCAGAACUAUAGCCUGAUCGAAACUGGAUUUUUUAGGCUAAUAUUAAUAUUUAAAAAAUCUGAAAGUGAUAUAUCGGCCUAUAUAUAUAUAUAUAUAUAUAUAUAUAUCUUUUUUUACAUAACAAACAUUUUGAUCCUGUACAAUUUAUAAAACUGGGACCAAGAAAUGUACUGAGUGGGACAUUUUACAGUGUAACUGUUCGAUAGAGACAGUUUCUAAAUCACCUGAAAAACGAAUCUUUGGCAUUUCUUUGUUAACAUUUCUUGUUAUUUAAUAUCAGCCGACAUAUAUACGUAGAUAUAUCUAUAAUAAGCUAAUAUCGGCCGGUCUUGGUUAUCGGUCAGGCUCCAGUCAAACACUUCAUCAUCACCGUCACCAAUGUAUCCAAAUUAUUCAACCAGGAGAGUGUCAUUUCUCUUUAAAGCGGCUAUAAUCGAUAUUUUUAUAAGGUUUAAGAGUUGUAAAUGCUCCAUCAUGCCUUUUAACUAUGCAAAAAAUGAACAGGAGUUUCACUUUGAACCCUGGUGACCUGAUAUAACUCUGCCCUCUUCUUUACUUUACGCAUUAUGUCCUUUAUGAUGAAGUAACGAGACGACGGGAACUGUGUUUUCUUGUUGCUUCAGUGUCCCUUCGAGAGCGAAUCGCUGCUGUCGAGGAAAAAACAAAACCCAGCCACGCGCCCUGUUGAGUCUAAAGUUUAUACGGUCAUUUAUUUUUAGACCGUGUGAUUUAAAUUUCAAGAUAUUCACCAAACAUUAAACAAGAUGGGAUCGAGUACUGGCCGAGUCUAAAGAUGCAUUCAUUAUGGUUCGGCGACCUGAUCCGUGAUGGCAGAAGCCGUGGAUCAGGGUUCAGUAAUAAUAAUAAAUCUUUAACCUUCUCCCCUCUGAUAAAACACGACAAUCAGCUAAACGCUAAAACACCAGCAGCUGCUUAAAUAAUCACUUCUAGCGAUUUUACUAUAAAAAUAUCAUUAGUGUUUGAACCUGAUAAAACACCUCUUUUAACAUUCAGCAUGAUAAACAAAAAUCUGAUUUUAAACAAUACGUAUCAUUGGAUUUUAAUGUGCUUUACAGGUCCAGGAGAUCCCUACUUGUCUUGUGUGAAAGCGCCUCAGGUUGAAUGAAGUUCGGGUCUAAAUCUGACCGUUUAAAGGCAUUUACGAGUAAUUUGCAAAGAAACUUCCGCUUUUCAAAUGUGUGUUUUCCAGCCGACGGCAGCGACGCGGUCUGCAGGAACAGUGUUGUUCUUCGGUCCGAAAACAUUUUCAGACGCGACGGGCUGAAAUAGUUUUCUGUGUUUCUGUCGAAGCUGUUCGCAGUUUGAUGAUGAACAAACAUCAGAGAGAAUUAAAUCACAUCCAGAUCACUAUUUGAAUGUAUUUAAUUUCUCCGAACACACUGCUGUGCUUUAUUUUAGCUGUUAAUUCUUCUCUCAGACACAUUUAGUCAUUUUCACUUCUCUUUCACAAAGGCAGCUGUGUUUUUAACUCAAAGUGUUUGAUUUAAGAGGCAGCAGAAAGGACCAAACUGGAGUAUUUUUGAUAUUUGAGUAUUUUGGAUCUACAGACUCAAGUUUAGAUUUGAAUAAACUACGUAGAAACACAAGAUUUAUCAAAUAAAAUUAGUAUUUAAGGUAUUUUCUGAGUAGAAACUAUAUUUAAGCUGUGCUACCUUUCUAAUAAUCUCAGAGUUUAGUUUGCUUGUCUUCAGGGUUUGGCACAUUGAGAUGCAGCUUCUGGUUUACUUUGAUUUUAACGAGAAAUAAUCUGCAGUAGGACCAAUGAAUCCAAGCAGAUUGAAUAACAAGAGGAUUUGAGUUUAACUUCUUGGGGCUGAUUGUGCAAAAGUAAGCUUUUUUUGCUUUUGCAUAAGUUUUAAAUAAUACCUUUGUAAGAUUAAUUCAAAUGCAACACUAUAAUAUUGUUAAUUCAUGUUUAAGCUGAAGCUUAUUUGGUUUCAGUAUCCAGGGUUUCCUGCAGGUUUCUUCAGCGGAGGCGAACCACCUAAAAGACCAUAAUGUCACAAAGAAUGAAUUCACUUUUGUGAAACAACACAUUAACGGUCGGGGGGAGCGAGCGGAGGCAUUGAUAAGGCCGUCAUCAAAUCACUAAACUGAUCACACGGCUCGUCGGGAUUGAGGUUUACGCCUCAGCAACUCUUUAUUUUACAGGUCUGUCAUUUCCCAGUUCAGUUUUUCUUGUUUCGAGUUAUAAUAAACAAAAGUUAUGACAUUUGUAUAGAAAUGAAUGUGCUUUAACAUCAGGCUCGUUUCCUAGAAAGAACUAUGUAAUUUGUAAUACAGUAAAUUAAUGAACGAAUGAAUAUUAUUUUAGAGUUUAAAUGGGGCUGCACCAAUAAUUACUCCAACUUACAUGGUUCUUUACAGAAAGGAUAACUGAUUGUGAAUUAUUGGGGAAUUACAGACCCAUAAAAUAAAGAUUUAUCACGUUUUUCCUGCUCGAAACCCUGAAAUCAGUUUCCUCUUUCAGUUUGGCGUUUGUAUCCAGCGAUGGGAUGAAAAUGGGGGAAAGGGAAUGUUUACAGUCAGUAUAUUAUACAUUUUAAUGGAUGUGAACAUAUUUUAGCGCCUUGUUGACGGAUUUUAAACUCAUCUGUUUCCAUCAAAUCGCACAGAUUGUGUCAUAGUGAAGAAAAGUUUGUUUUUCUGAUUGUUUGUCGACUGUUUGAUGUAACUAAAGAUUGUAAACACACGUCGAUGUCAUCGUGACUCAAACUGAGGGCUAAUGUUCAUGACAUCCUGCGAGUACACUUUUAAAACUGAGUGCAUAUAAAUUCACUGAGAAUGUUUAUUACCGGCUGAACCUCGUCACUCUGAAUGUGCAAAACUGUUUAUUUAGUUUCAUUUAAUAUUUUCGUUUUCACUCUUCAGCUGCGAGACGUCGAGGAGACAAACCAUUUUUUAAAGCGUCCGGUCUGAAACAACACACUGCUGUUACUUUAUUUUAACACUACAGGCAUCGAUUUGUGUUACUGUUCAAAAAACGGCAACUCCUAAUAUGAUUUUACUCACAUUUUCUCACUUUGUAAGAACAAAAAUCAAGAUUCGACACUGGAAAUGUGUCGUUUCGGGUGAAAUUUUCACAUAUUUUGGCAUUUAAAAUAUGUGAACAUUUAAAAAAAAAAGAAAAACGGUACAUAAAGAAUUAUAUUAAACAAACGCUUGGUGGGUCAGUGUCUUUAAAGCUGUUAUAUUCAUCCAAUUCUGUUGCUGUUGCUUAUGGCUUUAGUGUCAGAUGAUGGUCCUGUUGUCGCCCUGACAAGAAGAAACUGACGGCUGAAAAUAUUAAGAAUAUGUUCCCUUGAAAAUGAUCAAAAAGAUCAAAAUAAACAUCAGAAUGGACAUAAAAUAUCAACUAAUGGGGGCUUCAGGUAUAAAAAUAUUGAUAUUAACCUUCAAAAACUCACGUUGUUAAUUCACUUUUUUGGUUUUGUUUGAAGCGUUUGUGGCUUUAAUGUCUUCAGCGUGAACAGUCUCAGCUGUGUUUCUGUGUUUGAGGCUUCGUCAAAGUUCACUAAGAGGAGAUUAAACUGUCAGCAGGUGAAGUCAAAACAGACAACUUUAUUUAAAAGAAAAUGUCAGAUUGUUAUUUGAACUCCCUAAAAUCCAGUUUUCCUCUUAUAUUUCCACUUGAUUAGCUUUAAAAUGAUUGAAAUUAUCUUGUUCCACGCUGUCUGACUGUGUUACAUACAGUAUUUAUUCUACAUCGGCUUGUUCCGACCCUUCGGUGAAGCUAUAUUUCACUAAUAUAUAAAACAUUUAGUUUUUUAUGCAUCAUUUCACACACAUUUUGCCCAAAUUCAGCCCAACAUAGUAGUAAUAUUAAGAGUUCUGUGAGUUUGAACAACGUUUGGCUGCACAGCACAAGUUAAGGGGGUUGAAGGGGUUAAAUCAGAAUCAGAAAUACUUUAUUGAUCCGAGGGGAAACUCUUUAAAGGAUCCUGAAUGAAAUGAUAUCGUAAGACAGUGUCAGAAGCAACUCUGAGACCUCGUUUUUCCGAACAAACAAUAAAAUGAAGAAAGUUCAGAAAAUGUUUCAAACGAGCCAAACGAGCCCUUUACUAUUUGUAUUUAAAUUGAAUGACAUACUUCAGAAAAUUAUCAUUACUGUGUAGUUAAAAAUAAAAAAUAAAAGUGUCUCAGGCGGAAAGAAGCUGAAAUUACACACAGAUUGAAUUCUGUACUGAGGUGAAGAGGUUCACGUGGUUUCGUGUUUGCAGAUACUUUGUGGUGUGUUUUUGUUUAUUUGAUGAGUUUGAGUUUUGAGUCUGAACGUUCAGACAAUCAAAGCAAAAUAUCCAAACUGUUGUCGAGCAGCUAAUUCGACUGUGUAUUUAUAGAAAAUCCCACAUUUUAACUAAAAACAGGCACUAAAAUAUAAACUAGUUAAAUGCACAGAAAGUUGCUUUUAUUUGCUGGCUGUGUCUCUACUAAAGCUUUGAGUUUGUGUGGUUUAUUUGCAGAAGAUAAUAUGAAAUAUGUAUCUCACAUCUGAGUAUUUUAUCUCCAACUUCGUUUACCUUUUUGGUCACUGUAUUUGUAUUUGAAAACAUGCACAACGAUAUAUAUAUAGAUAUAUAUAUAUAUAUAGUUAUAUAUAUAUAUAUUUUCAUCCACUUUGCUGUGAAUAAAUCAUAUUUGAGUAAAAUCACAUUUGAA